UGAGGGCCGAGACACCACAGGCAAAAAAAUGAAUUAAAGUGUUGUUAAAUAUUAGUUUACCUAAUGUGUACCAAAAUAAUGUAAUUAAAAUGGGUGGAUGCAUUGGAAUAACUAGAAGCAGAAGUGGACCGAUGGAAGAGUCAUCUGGAACAGUAUCUAGACCCAAUUCCGGUGGCCUACGAAAGAAUCAGUCUUUGUGCCAUGAGACGAUUAGGUGGAAGUCCGAUGUACCAUUGACUGAAGGUCAACUAAGAAGCAAAAGGGAUGAAUUUUGGGAUACAGCGCCGGCUUUUGAUGGUCGGAAAGAGAUUUGGGACGCUCUGCGCGCGGCAGCGGUAGCCGCCGAGGCAAUGGACUUUCCCUUGGCUCAGGCAAUACUGGAUGGAGCUAGUGUUUCUGUACCCAAUGGCUACCUCACUGAAUGCUAUGAUGAAUGGGGUACUAGAUAUCAGGUGCCUAUAUAUUGUUUGUCAGCACCAAUAAAUAUGGUGAAAGAGGCAAGUGGCCGCGAUUCACCCGCAGACUGCUCAGAACCGGUGGAAGCAGGCUCAGAGAUGGGAUUGAGAUUACGGCUCUCUACAACAUGUAGAGAUCUUAUGUUGCCAGUUGGCUCUAAACACACAAUUGCACAUUGUAAAGCUAAGUUACAUGCACAAGAAGGAGUAGAGACUUGGAGACAACGCUGGUUCUAUGGUGGCAAGUUACUUGGAGACAAGCUGGUUGUUGAAGAUGCUAAGAUAACUCCAGGCUAUGUUGUGCAAGUCAUUGUCUCCACAGAGGACAAUCCUCCAAGCUAGUUUAUAUCUCAGAGAUUAGAUGGAAUAAACGAAAGGCACUGCUCUGCACAACAUGGGACUAAUCAUAAAUCAUUGUAUGUACCAUAAACCUUUUAAUAUAUUGUACUAAAACAUUGUUUAUUUCUAGAUGUAACUAUCAUACUAGGUUCAUUCUAUUUGAAUCUUCUGUAAAUAUAAAUAAGGCUGCAAAUUGUUUGUCAAUAUUGUUAUCUUUGGGCACGUGUUAUCUUGGUGCUUACAAGUAAAUCUCACUGUGUCGGUUGUUCUAUUUCAUGUAUGCUCAAUUGAAACAAAUAUAGUUACAAAGGCAUAUUAUGAAAUAUUGAAAUUAAAGAUGUAUUUAUUUCAUUUAUUCAUAUUAUGUGAAAAUUUCUCAUGUUAAUAUUUUAAGUAUACAGCGUUUUAAUGGUGACAUUAAAUGAAUACGCGGGUAGAGCUAUCUCAAAUUCAAAUAUUUUUAUUGAAAAUAGGAUGUGACAUCACUUAUUAAAAGUCAAAAACUACCACCCAUUCCAAAAGUAUCUGUGUUCCAAUUAAGAAAGUCAUUUAUGUAAUAGUAACCUUUACCACAAACGUUUAUCUAACCACCUUCCGAAAUCGGGAAGUGCCACAUGUCACUAGAUUUUUUAGAUUCACCAAAAUCGGAAGUGCCGUACGGCACACUACGCCUCGGCCAAGUUCUGAACUAUCAUUUUGUUUAUAAGAUGGUUUAAUUUGCAUGGUCUUACAGCUUGUUUCAAUUCAAAUUCAAAUAUUUUUAUUCAAAAUAGGUUGUGAAAUCACUUAUUGAAAGUCAAAAAGCUACCACCCAUUCCAAAAUGAAUGCCUCAGGCCUGAGAAGAAUGGGCGCAACAAACUCAGCGGGCUUUUUUCAUCAUCAAAAAUAUAUUUUACAAUUAAAGUAACAUUUACAAAGUAACAAAGUAACAUUGUCCAAUUAAACUUAUUAUUUAAUAGCCUGAGGGCGGUCGCUCCAUUCCCAAUCUGUGGUACCAUUAAGAAAGUCAUUUAUGUUAUAGUAACCUUUACCACACAAAUGUUUUUUAACAAUUCUUUUGAAUAACGUAAUACUUUUGUUUUGAACAUUCUCUGGGAUCCUGUUGUAAAAGCAUAUACAUCGCCCCACAAAAGAUUUGUUAACUCGACUUAGUCGAGUAGUAGGCAUUAUAAGCUUAUGUCAGUUCCUGGUGUUAACAUUAUGGUUAUGACAGUUUCUGGCAAAUACACUUAUGUGCCUAUGAAUGUACAUUAUCAAGAAUAUAUUGAGAAGCAACAGUCAAGAUGUUAAUUUCUUUGCAUUUUGCUCUCAAUGAUUCUUUAGGACCUAGGUUAUAAAUAGCGCGAAUAGCCCUCUUCUGCAGCACAAAUAUUGUAUUAAUAUCGCCAGCGCUGCCCCACAGCAAUAUACCAUAUAUAAUAUCUUCUUAUACAUUCACUCAAAUCAUCAUAAUUAUAAGCAAUUAUAGCUAUACACGUAAAAUAAUACGCUUCCG